AUGGAGGGUUUACAAGACCUAAUGCCUGACAUGCAGGAAAGAUGUCAGCAUAUGGCUCUGGCAUUUCCAUCAAUGGAGCAGUCGGCCUGGAUCUGGGAAACUGAUGAUGGUGGAACCUCUGAGUCUGGGUCAGCAGCACCGCUCUCUCAGAGUGGCUCUUCUCCUUCUUCCACUUGCUCAGACUCGUUAACAGAAUGCUGCUUCACUUUGGCACAAUUGAAAAGAGCACCUAAGGAAAUAGCAGCCAACAGGCUGCUUCAGCAACCACAUAAUCUCCUGCAGACUUCUUGUAUGCCUCAGAAAAACAGGAACUCAGGCAGAAAUCUACAAGGGAACAAUUUACCAGGAAACGCAGACUAUUCUCAGACAAUAGCAAAACCCAGAAUGUCUCAAGAUAAACGAAGGAAGGCAAGCGAAAGAGAGAAGCACAGGAUGAGGGCCCUAGCUAAUGCCUUGAACACUUUGCGGAGUUACCUGCCUUCUGCUUAUAACCAUGAUGGGCAGCCAUUGACCAAGAUCCAGACUCUAAGGUGCACUAUUCAGUAUAUACUGGAACUUUCCAAUCGCUUGAACUCUGCUUAA